UCCCGUAGGUAGAUCUCGUUGAAGAUGACAUUCAAAAUAGGUACCGUGUAGCUCAUUUGAUCUAAAAGCUACAUAUUACUUAGAGUUGCAGAUGGCGAUGUUAUGUGUAAACUCUAGAUAGAUUAUUGUUGUCAUUUGUUAUCGAUUUAAUUAGCUAGUCCGUUUAUUGACGGUGAUUUCGUUAACUAGCAAUAGUAGCUAACAUUAGCUUGCAGGCUACAGCUGGUCUAACGCAGGGUUUUCUGGGUGCACGUUUUGGUUUUUGCCCUAGAUCAUCACAGCUGAUUCAAAUAAUCAAAGAUUGAAGAUGGGUUGGUUAUUUGAAUAAGCUUUGUAGUGCUAGGGGAAAAAAAACUAAACGGUGCUCAGGACAGAGUUUGGGAUACCCUGCUUUAACGAAACGAGGUCAGGGCUACACUGGCUGUCUCACUACGAAAUAACUACGGUCUAUCCUCUGAGAUUACAUUAGAUUAUUUUGCAAUGUUAACUACAUUGACCAAAUUUCAAAGCCGAAGAUGGUUUGUCCAAGAGAUAAGUCGACGAUUUGCCCAAGUUUGCGUUAGGCACGAGUUCAUUGGCAGCUUGUUGCUAGGGCUCAAAAGCAACUUGGCAGCACAGAGGAAAACAACUGGAAUCAUGAAUGUCAGCACGUCCUGUGCAUUUUACGCCAAACCUCGAAUUUCUAAAAAGAAGGAACUUUCAGAAAAGAAACUGACUCGCCACUUUGUGGACCACCGCAUUGUAAAGCUACAGGCUGGAGCAGGUGGAAAAGGGGCCUGCACCUUCCACAGUGAGCCCCGGAAAGAGUGGGGUGGACCAGACGGAGGGAAUGGAGGAGAUGGUGGGAACAUAAUCAUCAAAGUCGACCUGCAGGUGAAAUCCCUGGCGCAGGUCGCCCCCGUUUACAAAGGAGACAACGGUGAUUCAGGAGGCAGUAAGAACUGCUACGGACGCAACGCCAGCACAACCUACAUCGCUGUGCCAGUGGGCACGGUGGUGAAGGAGCAAGGGAAGACGGUGUCAGACCUCUCCCAGCACAACCAGGAGUAUGUGGCUGUGUUUGGGGGGGCAGGGGGAAAGGGAAACCGCUUCUUCCUGUCCAAUGAGAACCGCGCCCCCAUGACGGCCACCCUGGGAGAGAGGGGACAGGAGAGGGUCCUCCAGCUGGAGCUGCGCACCAUGGCCCAUGCCGGACUGGUUGGGUUUCCCAAUGCAGGGAAGUCUUCCCUUCUAAGGGCCAUAUCCAAUGCCAGACCUGCUGUGGCUGCCUACCCCUUUACCACCCUUAACCCCCAUGUGGGUAUUGUCAACUACAGGGACCAUGAGCAAGUGGCAGUGGCUGACAUUCCUGGUAUCAUCUGUGGGGCCCAUCUAAACCGAGGCCUAGGGAUCUCCUUCCUGCGCCAUAUUGAGCGCUGUCGCUUCCUUCUCUUUGUCCUGGACCUGUCCUCCCCAGAACCCUGGACUCAGCUCCAACAACUGCGCUAUGAGCUGGACCAGUACGAGCCCGGCCUCACCCACCGGCCCCACGCUAUCGUAGCCAACAAAAUGGACCUGCCUGGGGCUCGGGGAAACCUUGAGGCCCUCCGGGGCCACGUGGCCCACAGGGUAAUCCCUGUGUCUGCCCUCACAGGCCAGAACACAGAGGAGCUGAUCCUGCACCUCAGGGAGUUAUAUGAUGGCUAUCUACAGAUCCAUGGACAGGGCAGUGGACAUGACAUGCCCACCAGGUGGUAGGUCUGCCCUGGAAAAGGACUGAGACUUCCAUGCCUUUUCCUCACUGCUCCUCACCUGCUAGGUGUAUUUUGUUUAAAUUAUAGAACUAAAUAAAUACACUGCUCAAAAAAAUAAAGGGAACACUAAAAUAACACAUCCUAGAUCUGAAUGAAUGAAAUUCUUAUUAAAUACUUUUUUCUUUACGUACUUGAAUCUGCUGACAACAAAAUCACACAAAUUAUCAAUGGAAAUCAAAUGUAUCAUCCCAUGGAGGUCUGGAUUUGGAGUCACACUCAAAAUGAAUGUGGAAAACCACACUACAGGCUGAUCCAAUUUGAUGUAAUGUCCUUAAAACAAGUCAAAAUGAGGCUUAAUAGUGUGUGUGGCCUCCACGUGCCUGUAUGACCUCCCUACAACGCCUGGGCAUUGUCCUGAUGAUGUGGCGGAUGGUCUCCUGAGGGAUCUCCUCCCAGACCUGGACUAAAGCAUCCGCCAACUCCUGGACAGUCUGUGGUGCAACGUGGCGUUGGUGGAUGGAGCGAGAUGAUGUCCCAGAUGUGCUCAAUUGGAUUCAGGUCUGGGGAACGGGCGGGCCAGUCCAUAGCAUCAAUGCCUUCCUCUUGCAGGAACUGCUGACACACUCCAGCCACAUGAGGUCUAGCAUUGUCUUGCAUUAGGAGGAACCCAGGGCCAACCGCACCAGCAUAUGGUCUCACAAGGGGUCUGAGGAUCUCAUCUCAGUACCUAAUGGCAGUCAGACUACCUCUGGCGAGCACAUGGCGGGCUGUGCGGCCCCCCAAAGAAAUGCCACCCUACACCAUGACUGACUCACUGCCAAACCGGUCAUGCUGGAGGAUGUUGCAGGCAGCAGAACGUUCUCCACGGCGUCUCCAGACUGUCACGUCUGUCACAUAUGCUCAUUGUGAACCUGCUUUCAUCUGUGAAGAGCACAGGACGCCAGUGGCGAAAUGCCAAACGUCCUUCACGGUGUUGGGCUGUAAGCACAACCCCCACCUGUGGACGUCGGGCCCUCAUACCACCCUCAUGGAGUCUGUUUCUGUCCAUUUGAGGAGACACAUGCACAUUUGUGGCCUGCUGGAGGUCAUUUUGCAGGGCUCUGGCAGUGCUCCCCCUUGCACAAAGGCGGAGGUAGCGGUCCUGCUGCUGGGUUGUUGGCCUCGUCCACGUCUCCUGAUGUACUGGCCUGUCUCCUGGUAGCGCCUCCAUGCUCUGGACACUACGCUGACAGACACAGCAACCCUUCUUGCCACAUCUUGCAUUGAUGUGCCAUCCUGGAUGAGCUGCACUACCUGAGCCACUUGUGUGGGUUGUAGACUCCAUUUCAUGCUACCACUAGAGUAACAGCACCGCCAGCAUUCAAAAGUGACCAAAACAUCAGCCAGGAAGCAUAGGAACUGAGAAGUGGUCUGUGGUCACCAACUGCAGAACCACUCCUUUUUUGGGGGUGUCUUGCUAAUUGCCUAUAAUUUCCACCUGUUAUCUAUUCCAUUUGCACAACAGCAUGUGAAAUUUAUUGUCAAUCAGUGUUGCUUCCUAAGUGGACAGUUUGAUUUCACAGAAGUGUGAUUGACUUGGAGUUACAUUGUGUUGUUUAAGUGUUCCCUUUAUUUUUUUGGGCAGUGUAUCUAUUCAACUGUGAAAAUGGAAUUGAUUUAAUAAAUGCGUUUCAGUAAA